UAAAUCAACAACAUGCAUAUUAAUCAGAGUCUUUGGUAGUGCAAAAAAAUAAAAAUUUUCAGUUUAUAGAUAAUAUAAAGUUGAUCUCAUGAUAUGGACGGUUUUUAUCCGAUCUACAUCUAUUCCACGUGUACAAUUUUCUAGUACAUGCGUAUGGACCAUCAUAAUCCGCCAGAGUAUCAAAGUUUUCCUCUUCAUCUUCUCAUUUCCCGCUCGUCCCUCUUCUCCCACAUUCGUCCAUCUUCAAAUUUCAAAUCUCUACAUCGCACCACACUCUCUCAAUUCUCAGAAAAAAGAAAAGAAAAGAAGACCCUCAUUUUUGCUAUUCCACCCCCAGAAAAAUGAGAGAACCACCCCCACCACAGCCACCCUCUCAACCUCCGCCCACUCCUUCGACUUUCCUCAGAGACAUUUCCAACUACAAAACCCCCAAACCCUCCAUCCAAAACCAUAACCCUAACAAUCCUCCUUCUCCUCUUCCUCUCUUCUUGACCGCCUCCAAGCAAACCCCUUUCUCCUCCUCCUCGUCUACCUCUUCCGCUUUCCGCCGCAGACCUUCCGUCCUCCCUUCCGCCUCCAAAUCCAAAGCUACUCGCCGGCUCAAAGCCUUCGAGCUCGAACAAUCGAAGUCCUCUCGGAAAGCCCAGAUCCGUCGUGAGAAGACGAUCAGGACGUUAUCCAAAUCGCUUACUGCUUGGCUCAACUUCUUGUUUGAGAACCCUAAAUCGUGCGGCUGUGAUGUUGCUGCUUGGGAUGAAGAAGCUCGAUCUGAGUCGGUGGUUAAUGGGAAGAGGGACAGCUUGCAGGGAAGGGGGAUUGGGAUUGAUAGCCCGUGGCGGAGCCCGAAGCGUCAGAGGAACUGCUCUUGGUGGGCUGCAGCGCCGGCUGGCGAUGUGGAGUCCUCGUCAUUGUCGGGGGCAGCUUCGGCAGGGUUCCCGUUGUUGGAGGUCUCAUUGCAGGAUGUUUGUAGCUUUGAGGACUUGAAAGAGAGGAUGGAGAUGUGUUUGAGUGUGAAGUGUCGUAAUGAGGUGCUUUCUAUGAUGAAUCAGGUGGCAAAGAAUAUAGAUGACGGGAGAUUGAGAAUGAAGGCACAUUGCCCGCUAGUUACAGAUGUAGGACUGAAGGAGAAGGCCACAAGAAUCCUCAUGUGUUAUAACACAAUAUGGCUCCGGAUUGGAUUACAUAUUGUUUUUGGUGGCGAUUCCUUACUGCCCACUGAAGAUGGAAAUUCUGACCAAGAUGAUCUGUUCCUAAAGAUGAUUAUUGACAAACAGUUCUUUUCCCAUGCUGGUCUUGCAAAAUGUUAUGCAUACAACAAGAUGGUUGAGGGAUUGUACAGGCCUGGUUAUUUUGAGGCUUUAGGGAAUGUUAUCUUGAAGAGGUUUUUACUGCUUGUUCUUGUACUUGAUAAAGCCAAAUGUCAGAGCACUCUUCCUGUCAAUUAUGGGGUUGAUGGAAUAGAUGGGGGUUCCCCUCUACUCUUCAGCUGUCGAUCACAUAUUAAAUCCAGUAGACAAAUGAUUCAUGAAUUCUUAUCACCGGUAAUGCAUGGAGAAGGUGAUCUUCUUGCACAUCUAGUGAUUGUUGGGUACAAAGUAUCUUAUCAACAGUCUCCGCUGGUCGAAUAUGAAUUCGGCAUCACAGAUUUAUUUGAAGAUUUUCAAGAUGGUGUUCGGCUCUGUAGAACUGUUCAACUCUUGGAACAUGAUGCCUCAAUUCUCACAAAAGUGGUGGUUCCUUCAGACACCCGUAAGAAGAAUUUGCUGAAUUGCAGUGUCGCCAUGCAAUAUCUCAAGCAAGCCGGAAUGCCUUUAUCUGAUGAAGAUGGAGUCGUGAUUGUAGCAGAAGAUGUUGCCAAUGGAGACAAGGAGCUGACGCUUUCGUUGGUUUGGAACAUCUUUGUUUACUUACAGCUACCACUACUGAUCAACAAGACCUUGUUAGCUGAGGAAAUAUGUAAAGUCAAGAGAUCUAAUAUGGACCUCUCAAUGUCUAAAGCUGGCGCCCACUUAGAAAUGCUUCUGGAAUGGAUCCAGGCAAUUUGUAAAAACUAUGAUUUGAAGGCUGAAAAUUUUGCUUCAUUGGUUGAUGGGAAAGCUCUGUGCUACAUGUUAGACUAUUACUUCAGAAACCAGCUUCAUGGCUAUUCUUCUCUUAGGGAGGCUCAGGAUACUAGUGAUGAAGAGUCAAUUCUGUCAAAAUCUGAUAACACAGUUGUCCUUCACAAUUUUAUUCUGGUCCAAAGAGUAACAACAAUGUUGGGGAACUUUCCAGAGGUGUUGCAAAUGAGUGACAUACUGGAAAACGAUCCUUCCUGUAAUGAACGAAGUGUGAUAAUUCUGCUGAUAUUCCUCUCAUCACAACUGAUUGGUAGAAGAAAUAUGGAUCAGCUUAAUAUUCAGAAACUUAUGGGAUGGAAGGAUCAUAAUCCGGAUGUGAAGCCUAACAUGGAUCAACUAAAUAUUCAUAAGCCUAUGGGAUGGAAUCAUCGUAGUCUGUAUGCAAAUUCUCCAAAAAAUUUCCAGCCACUGCUCUGCAUCGAAAAUGCUGAAAGGGCUGCAAAAGUUAUACAAUCUCAUUUCAGAGGAUCAACUGAACGCCACAAUUAUCGGAAGAUUAAGACUGCAACUUCCUUUCUGCAGUCUGUUGUUCGAGCUUGGCUAACAGUAACCAGGAAAAAAUCUCUUAAUGGAUUUGGUAAAAUCUUUGUCCGACAGAUAUUUUCUGAAAACCAGAAAUCCUCAGAAAUCUUUGAAAGAUAUCUGAAAUUCAUGAUUGAAAGGCGUAGCUUUCUCAGGGUACAAAAAUCGGUGCUACUUAUUCAACAAGCAACAAGGACUUGGAUCAAACAAAGACAACAGGAGGAUGGUGCACUUCUUCCAAAAUCCAAAGCCUCUGCAGAUCUGACUGCUGCCGCUACUAUUGUGCAGUCUUAUAUUCGUGGGACUAUUGAAAGGUCUAAAUACGUUCGGCUGGUUGCAGAAUUACACAAAGGUGAAGCCAUUAGCAAAGAACUGGAAAUUUUUAAGCGAUGUUCAAAGGCAGCAGUUGAUAUUCAACUCGCUUGGAGAAAAUUUACUGAGCGUAAAUUUCUCUCCUAUCAAUGCCUUGCUGCAAUCAAAAUUCAGAGAAAUUGGCGUGGUUGGUUGGUAAGGAGAGACUUUUGGUAUAAAAGGGAAGCAGCUAUAAAGCUUCAAAGCGCUCUUCGAUGUCUAAAUUGCUCAAAGGCAUUUACACAGCAUAGACUUGCAGCCAUUGAAAUUCAGCAGUUUGCUAGAGGACAGAUUGCUCAGAAUAGGAUAAUAGGUUCUUGUCUUCGCUCAAGAAGGUCAUGUAGUGGUUCCUCGGGUCAUACAAGGAGUAGUUACAUUCAUAACCCUGAGUUUGAAAUAUUAUCGCAUUCAGUUUUGAAACUGCAGAGGUGGUGGAAGAGAGUUUUAUUUCUCAAAUCAAGAACAAGUUCUGCAAUUGUAAUUCAGUCUCACAUGCGUGGAUGGGUUGCUCGUCGAGAAGCUGAUAGUAAAAGGCACAACAUUGUUGUCAUCCAAUUGUUCAUACAGAAAUCGUUUGCUGCAAUCAAAAUUCAGAGUCAUUGGCGUUGUUGGCUGAUGAGGAGAGAUUUCUUAUGUCAAAGGGAAGCAAUAAUAAAGAUUCAGUGUGGUUUUCGAUUUUUAAAAUGCUUUAAGACGUUUCAACGAUAUAGACUUGCGGCAGUUGAAAUUCAAAGGUUCAUCCGGGGGCACAUUGCUCGGAGUAGGCUAUUAGGUGCUUCAUCCCUUUGCUCAGGAAUCCAUAGAGCUCACCUGAUUCAGAUUAGGUGGAGCUCUAUCCAAAGCCUGGAGAUGAAAAUUUUACUGUGUUCAGUUGUGAAACUCCAGAGGUGGUGGAAGAGAGUUUUGGUUCUAAUGUCUAGAAAAAAAUCAGCAGUCAUUAUUCAGUCUCACAUUCGUGGAUGGAUUGCUCGUCGCAAGGCGAGUAGAGCAAGGCGUAGGAUUGUUGUGGUCCAAUCAUAUUGGAAAGGGUAUCUUGCACGGAAAGGAUCAAGGGAGCAGUUACUGCAUUUGCGUCAAAGGGUGCAGAGGUCUGCAACAAAUGUGGACAAUAGCAUGCGGCUUAUGAACCGCCUUGUCGCGGCACUUUCACAACUGCUAAGUGAUAGAGUUAGCAAUAUUCUGCAUACUUGUGCAACAUUAGAUAUGGCUACAGAACAUUCCGAGAAAUGUUGUGAAACCCUCGUGGCUGCAGGGGCAAUCAAUGCUUUAUUGAACCAAAUCCAGGCAGCCAAUCGUAGUGCUCCUUGUCAAGAGGUUAGAAAGCAUGCACUCUCAACUCUGAGGAACCUUGGCCGUUACCCACAUCUCACAGAAGUGCUGAUUAAUACUCAUGGAUCAGUUGAAAUAAUAUUCCUGGAGCUGCUAAGAAACAAGGAGGAAGGAUAUUUCAUUGCUGCUGACCUUCUGAAGAAGUUAUGCACGAGACAGGAGGGCAUUGAGGCCAUUUGUAAAUUACCUGCCUUUUUAAAAAGGCUUAGCAAUCUUGCUGAGGAUCUUGAAAGGAAGGCAAACUUGGAGAAGAGGAAUCCACGUCUUGCUGCUGCAAGAGAGAACACAGAACGAAGAUUAAGAGAGGCAGGUGAACUCUUGCAGUUAGUUAUGAAUGGAUAGGAAAGUACGCUGUCUUUUUUCCUUUUGCUUCAGCUGCCAAUCUUUGGGCUUUUCAUUUGAAAUCUUUAGAUCGUGGUUUGAAUUGUGCACAAUGAAUUGUUGUGCAUAGCCGUGUCAUAGUCACUGGAGAAUCUUGUUUAGAAUAUGUUUGUCAGAGAGAAUAUGAAACCUUGUAAUUCUAUUGUGUCCUAGUCUGUGGUGUAUUGGUGAUAUGUUGAUAUUAAAGGCUUAUGGCUGGAGAUGCUGCUGUAUGGUGUGUUUGGAUGCCCACCCAAAUCCUGAUUUGUAUGAAUUGGGCACUAUUUUAAUUUAGAAUUCAAAGAAAUUGCUGUUUUGAUUUG